GCCACUUCCGGCACCACUUCCGGGCCCUACGCGCCGCCGACGGGAGCCGGGACGGUCCCGCCCCAACCGCGUCGGAGCCGACUGAUCAAAAGAAUGGAUUUUACAGAGGCCUAUUCUGACACGUGUUCUACAGUUGGACUUGCUGCCAGAGAAGGCAAUGUUAAAGUCUUAAGAAAACUUCUUCAAAAGGGACAUAGUAUUGAUAUUGCUGAUAACAGGGGAUGGAUGCCAAUUCAUGAAGCAGCUUAUCACAACUCUGUAGAGUGUUUGCAGAUGUUAAUUCAUGCAGAUUCAUCUGAAAACUACAUUAAGACAAAGACUUUUGAAGGCUUUUGUGCACUGCAUCUUGCGUCAAGUCAAGGCCAUUGGAAGAUUGUACAAAUGCUUUUAGAAGCUGGUGCAGACCCGAAUGUGACUACUUCAGAGGAAACCACACCACUGUUCUUAGCUGUUGAAAGCGGACAGAUAGAUGUGUUAAAGCUGUUGCUUAGAGGUGGAGCAAAAGUUAAUGGAUCCCAUUCAAUGUGUGGAUGGAAUGCUUUGCACCAGGCUACUUUUCAGGAAAAUACUGAUAUGGUAAAGCUGCUUCUUAAAAAGGGAGCCAACAUGGAAUGUCAGGAUGACUUUGGAAUCACGCCUUUGUUUGUGGCCGCCCAGUAUGGGAAACUGGAGAGCUUGUGCUUACUUAUUUCCUCAGGUGCGAAUGUCAACUGCCAGGCCUUGGACAAAGCGACUCCCUUGUUCAUUGCUGCUCAGGAGGGUCACACGAGCUGUGUAGCGCGUUUGCUGUCCAGUGGGGCUGACCCAGAUCUUUACUGUAAUGAGGACAACUGGCAGUUACCUAUUCACGCGGCUGCGCAGAUGGGCCAUGCACAAAUCUUGGACUUGCUAAUACCACUUACUAACCGGAUCUGCGACACUGGCCCAGACAAAGUGAGUCCUGUUUACUCAGCAGUGUUUGGAGGGCACGAAGAAUGUUUAAAGAAAUUGCUCCAGUGCGGCUACAGUCCUAGUGCCCAGAUGUGUCUCAUCUUUGGAUAUACUUCUCCCUUAUGUAUGGCUUUCCAAAAGGACUGUGAAUUUUUCAGAAUUGUGAAUAUUCUUUUGAAGUAUGGUGCCCAGCUAAAUGAACUUCAUUUGGCGUAUUGUCUGAAGUAUGAGACGUUUUCAGAGUUUCGCUACUUUUUGAAGAAAAGCUACCCGGUGGAACCUUGGUACCACAUAUCCGAAUUUAUAGUUCAUGCAGUUAAAGCACAGAAAAAAUACAAAGAAUGGUUACCGGCUCUGUUGCUUGCUGGAUUUGACCCUCUGAAUAUGCUCUGCAGUUCUUGGAUUGAUGCAGUCAGUGAUGAUGUCCUUAUCUUCACGUUGGAGUUCACCAACUGGAGGAGGCUGCCCCCUGCUAUUGAGAAAAUGCUCUCUGCUCGGGCUGCACACUCGGCAGCCCCGCUGCAGGAGCACGUUGCCUCUGUUCCAUCCUUGAGUCACCUUUGUCGUUUGGAAAUUUGGUCUGGUUUAAAACCAAAGCAUCUACAGUCUGACAUAUUUGUCAAUCAGUUGCCUCUUCCCAGAAGCCUACAGAAUUACUUGCUCUAUUCAGAUAUUCUGAGGAGGAAUGAUGUUCCAGAACUGACAGUUAUUCAAGACGAAGAGAUCAGGGAAGCUACUUAACCAUGGUUACUGGAAAUAACACCAGGACCAAGAGCCGUAGAUAGAGAACGUUUUUGAUUUUAUAGUUACAGAAGAUGAAUUUUUAUUUUUGUGGUGGGUUAGGUUUGUGAGAUACUAAUAAAAUAGAAAUGUUUACAACAGAAAUUCUCAACCAAAAAAAGAAAAAAAUGAAGACCUUACUUAGGCUACUUACUUGAUUGCUGUUUCAUUAUUAGUACAUUUUAUGUUAUAAUAUCCAUUUACUAAGCUGUUUUCUACUUCCAUCAGUGAACUUUCAUAAAGAUAGAUAUGACACAUUUCCUCCACCUGUGUUACUGUGUUUACCUAAGGCUUACUAAGUAUGAAAUUCUUCCAUAAGCAUUAUUGGAAGUAUUCAUGACAGUAGGAUAGAGUAUAUUAUUUUAUUUGUGCUUUACUAUCAUAUUUAUAGAUGAGUAUGUUGUUUUACAUUUUAUUCUCAUAUAUUAAGGUUGUCACUUUUAUUUCUUUUUUUUCUUUUUGCGAGAUACCUGCUGAUUUUUAGGGUUUACUCCUGACUGCACUCCUGGCGGUGCUCGGGAGACCAUAUGGGGUGCCUCGAUUUGAACCCAGGUCAGCCUAGUGCAAGGCAAAUGUCCUACCCAUUAUACUAUACUCCAGCACUUAGUCACUUUUAUUAAGAAUUUUAUUUUGUUUUUUUUUCCUCAGGUGAACUCAGGAUAAUUAUUUUUUAUAUCAAAAAUGAACCAUUAUGCUAUUUUUUAAAUUUUUUUGGUAUUCUGAAUAAGCAAAAACCAAUUUCUAACACUUAAAAGUAAAACCACAUCUAAAUUCAAGGGUAUGCUCAGUUAAAAAAAAUUAGGUCAGUAUUGAAAUAAAUGAACAUUUUUUUUUAACAUUUAGGAUAUGAUCAGGAGACAGGGAAGGAUAUUUCUAUAGCACCAUCUUUUGAAAAAGUUAAACAUGUUUGCCAGUUACUAUCAAAAACACUCACUGGCCAUUCAUUUUCUAAGGCAGAGGAUAGCUGACCCUAGCAGCAGAAUUCCCAGUAGUAUUGAUGAGAAAAAUGUUUUCUCCAAUAGUUACCAGAGUCCAUUGAGUUUACACCUCUGUAUCCUAGGUCAGUGAGAUAUUCAGCUCAUUUUAAAGUCACUAAAUCUGAAUUUAAAGUGCAUGGGAGCUAGUGAGAUGACUUGAGGCUUUGGAACCGUUGCAGGAGGUGGCCAAAGGUAGGCUCAGCAUGGGCAGCGUAGGCAGGCAUGGACAUGGGCUCAGAGUGGGCAGCUGUGGCCAUGGGCAGCACGGGCAGGCCUCUCUGGAGAGCCCGUGCUUAAGAGGAACGUCUGUGCUGGCACAGAUGAAGGGUGCAGAGUGAAGAGCUAGAGGGCUGUGGGUCCAGGCAGAUGAGGGAGAUAGAGUUGGAAUGGGGGUAGACAGGUUGGAGUAAAUGUGGAAAUCAAAAAUUAAAUAUGAGAAACGUGUAAAUUCUUACUUAAUAAAGACAUUUCAAUAUAAUAUUUGUAUUAUGUAGUAUUUUUUUAAAAUGUUGUCCAAAUCUAUGUUUUCCCUAACUCUGUCUUUGAUUUGCAGUGUAACAAGUUUUUUUUAUGAGGGUCAAGUAUGUACAGAAAAGUUUAAAUUUCAGGUGUAAUCAUUUUGUUUUUAUGUAUAUUCAAAAAUGUAAUAAAAACUAUUCAGGCUUA